CCCGACGCCGCAUAAAACACGUCGUUUGGAGUAGUCGUCGUGUACGUCAAAGUUUUUUAACAUAAAAACACAGUAAAAAUUUUCAAAGUGCUCAAUUCCAAAAAUGGACAAACAAAUGUGAAAAUGGAAGUGUAUUUUUUGAUCGGUAUUUUUCUACUUCUGCAACAUUGGGUGACAGGUUUAGAGGAAAACAAAGUAUGUACCCCGGGCUUCUUCCUCUGCAAAAACACAACAAUUUGCAUUCCACAAUUCAACUACUGCGAUGGGAAGGAAGAUUGUCCUGGUGGUAGUGAUGAACAACGCAUCGAUUGUGAUGAUCAAGGCAAAGACGAUUAUUAUGAUCACCAGUUCAAAAAAAGGCCUUCGGCGCUUAAUGACCACUUGGGGAACAUUUGUAAUUUGAAUUACACCGGAAGUUGUAUUUGUCGAGGCAGGGAUUUAUUGUGUGGUCAUAAAAAUUUGGAUAAAAUUCCCGGGGAUUUACCACAAAAUAUCACGUUAUUGGAUUUUGAAGGCAACAAUUUUCCUGUUUUGAGUGGCGAUGUUUUAGACAAAGUGCCACAGUUUGUCGAGAAAAUCAACUUUGCUCAUUGCAACAUCGACGAACUAAAACCGCACACAUUUCACCAACUGACCCACAUCCAUGAUUUACAUUUAGACAACAAUGAUCUCAAAACGUUCCCAUCUGACUUAUUCUCACAAAACAACAAUUUACGUCUAUUAUCCGUAACACACAAUCAUAUAUCGCGAAUCUCGAGUGAUGCUUUCAGGAAAUUGGCAAAGCUGGAGGAACUGGAUUUGAGAGGGAACAAAAUCAGCGAAAUCAAGGGCGACGUGUUAGCACCGCUUGCAAAACUCCGGCUUUUAUAUUUGCAGAAUAAUCAAAUACGAUACAUCAGCAAUGCUACUUUUCCACGUUUGAGUUUAGAUCAAUUAUCACUAGUGGAAAACAGGAUUGAUCGUUUGGAUCCGGGGGCGUUCUCAAAUCUCACACAACUAAAAUAUUUAUAUCUAACCAACAAUCGAUUGGUGCACUUGAAAAAUGGGACUUUCUUCAAUUUAACUCAUCUCAAAUGGUUGGCUUUGGAUGAUAACUUUAUAAAAACAAUCGACGUCGGUGUGUUCAUCGACGUCCUCAAUUUAACUUCCUUAACACUCAAGCGAAACCAAUUUAAGACACUGGACAAGAAAGUGUUGGCACCGUUAACAAUCCUCAAACACAUUUAUUUCGACCGCUUCGAGCUUUGCGAAAGCGCCCUCCACGUCCGCGAUUGCAAUCCGAAAGGCGACGGUAUCUCAAGCCAGUAUCACCUGUUGGAUAACAUCGUUUUGAGGACCAGUGUCUGGAUAAUGGGAGUGAUCGGUUGUACUGGAAAUUUGAUCGUAUUGUUAGGGCGUUUACUCGCACCCACCAACAACGUCGUUCAUUCCCUCUAUCUUCGCAAUUUGGCACUUUCAGACCUCCUCAUGGGGGUGUAUCUGUUUGCGAUUGCAAUUGCCGAUCAGCAUUACAGAGGGGAGUAUUUGAGAUAUCAGUACUCCUGGAGGCACAGCUAUGUGUGCAAUUUUUGCGGUUUUUUGAGCACCCUCUCAUGCGAAUCGUCUGUUCUCAUCCUCACGUUGGUGACGUGGGACCGAUUUGUUUCGGUAACGCAACCCUUAGCUAGAAAACAACCCUCACCGAAAACGGCCGCUUUCACCCUUAUCGUUCUGUGGAGUAUAGCGGCGGCUGUGGCUUUGGCACCGCUAUCCGAGGGCUAUUUUGGGGAUGAAUUCUACGGCAAUAAUGGGGUGUGUUUGCCGCUGCACAUACACGAGCCCUAUGCCAAGGGUUGGGAAUAUUCCGCAGCAAUGUUCAUGCUAGUCAACGCAUUAGCCCUAACAUUCAUUUGUUACGCUUACAUGCGUAUGAUAAACGAAAUCAUAGCAAGCGGCGUCGCAUGUCGAUCAACCCGUCAAAGUCAAGAACGCGAUAAAGUAGCCCAAAGAUUCGGUAUAAUUAUUUUCACCGAUUGUUUAUGUUGGGUUCCUGUUAUAGUCGUCAAGUUGGUAGCGCUCGCAGGUUAUCCAAUCCCGCAAGAUUUGUACGCCUGGCUUGCGAUUUUCAUUCUACCAAUCAAUUCAGCCCUGAAUCCGGUCCUGUACACCCUCACCACGACUAUAUUCAAAAAACAGAUGAGGAAAAUUUUAAAUUCUUGCAUACGAAAACGAAGAGCUGAACCACAUUCCACGUCCGAAUCGGGUUUCAGUUUAAGUUUUGGGGUUUUUCCGAAAGGUGGCAGCACGAGACGGGUUAUGAGUUACAGGGGAACACAGAGUAGUCUCACAACGAGCAAAAAUAGUUGGAAAAGGGCCCCCACAGCUGUCUGAUAAUUGUACUAAACGUAUUUUUUCCUAUUAGUGUUAAUCAAGGUUGUUUAAAUGUUAAAAAAAAAUGGGGAAAUACGUUUCAAAACUUGUAAAUAGUAACAAUAAGUGUAUUUUUUAUAUUUACAAUAAUUUUAAGAAAUCUGUGAUUGGUGUGAAAAAUAAACUAUGCAAUAUUAUCCGAGAGUCUCACAACCUCAGACAGCCCCUCUAAUUUUUCAUACAAACUAGCACAAAUUUUCAAGUCCUCAUCGCUCAAUUCUUGUACCUUGAGUGGAAUAAACUCAA